AUGGCACAGGAUAAGUGGGAUUCCAACGCUAUCGUCUUCUUCCCUCAAGAUCAAGAUUUGCAGAGUUGGAUUGUGGAAACAAUGGUGAUGUGCGAAGCGAGGUAUGAGGCUGUGCGGCAGAAGAGAUUGGAAGAGAACAAGAAGAGAAUGGAGGAACUCCAUCUCCCGCUUCUCUCUCAAACACUCCUCAAUGCUUCUUCUCCUAAACCCUCCCCGAUGAAGAAGACAAAACCCCGAGUUUCCAAGACACAGCUUGUCCCUGUCCGAAGAUCACUAAGAUUUUCCAACAAAUCAGCUCCGCAGUUCAAAGAGGUGACGUUUUAUGAGCGAAUUCAGAUUCCUCGAAGAGUAACUCAAAGGCCGAGGGAUUUUUCGAAUCGGGUUUAUGCUUCGGAUGAAGCAAGGGAAUUUGCAAUCAGAAAAGCAGAGAAAUUGGAAUCAAGUCUCGGGUCCGAACAUCCGACUUUUGUGAGAUCCAUGCUCCCAUCUCACGUUAGCGGAGGUUUUUGGCUAGGCCUUUCUAUGUCUUACUGCAAGAGGAUACUCCCUAAGAAUGAUGGAGUGAUCCAAUUGGUAGACGAGCAAGGGGACGAGUGGCCCGUUGUCUAUUUGGCUCGUAAAACUGGGCUUAGCGGUGGCUGGAAAAAGUUCUCAAUUGAUCACAACUUGGUUGAUGGGGAUGCUCUUGUUUUCCAGUUGAUCAAACCAUCCGUGUUUCGAGAUUUGUCUAAAGUCACGCUCUUUUCAUGUACUUUGACAGUUAAUUCCACUUGGCCGGAAAACUCACUUCGUCGAAAGCUCGGAGUCGCCAGGAGAUUGUGCGGGUCGAACGACUCGGCUAGGAUGCGCAGAUGUUCGUCGCGUCUGUCCGGGCAUCGCGGUGCAGCUUGCGGGCGUUUGGGCCGCGCAGUUGUAGUGUGUUUGUCGUGUGUCACGGGUUGCGUGCGUCCGCGGCUGGGCGUUCGUGACGGCAGCGUGCUUCGCCGGGCGCGAACGGACUGUGGUUGUCGAUUGCUCGGACGACCUUCGAGCCUUCUGUUGUAUUACCCAACACCUCUCCGGUUUGUCUUCAUGGGCAACAAGCUUGGAGAGGAUUCGAUUGGGGGAACUAGGACCGACUCACGAUCGUGCGUCUCUAUGUCUCUCAAUCCCAAGAGUUAUGGUGUACAUAUAGGCUACAAUAGGGACCCUAAAGACGCAUUAAAUUAG